AUUUUUUCUUGGCGUCCAAAAUUAAUCUUCCAUCAUUUCACACCCCCAAAAAAUGUAAAUGCCCAAUAAUUAUAUUUUUUAUACCAACACAAAUUUCUUUUUCUCAACAUAAAUAUUUUUUUUUUUUUUUUUUGACCAAAACCCAAACAGUUUUCUGUUUCCUUCAAAUUAUUUAUGAUCAAACAACUCGUGUAAUGGAAAUCAGACUUUUAGUGCUCUUAUUUUCUUUGGUGGUAUUUCUUGUGGUCAAAUGUGAAUCCAUAAGCCGAUCCGAUUUUCCUGACGGCUUCACUUUCGGAACCGCUUCAUCAGCUUACCAGUUUGAAGGAGCAGUUAAUGAGGGGAACAAAGGAAAAAGUAUAUGGGAUAGCUUCACCAGGCAACCAGGUUGGUGGAAUCGACAAUGCCAAAAGUGAAAUGGAUGACCUCAUAUGAUGACAGGGUGACAUAGACUUGAUGAAGGACUUGGGCAUGGAUGCUUAUAGAUUCUCCAUCUCAUGGUCAAGAAUCUUGCCAAAUGGUACAGGGGAGCCAAAUCAAGAGGGAAUAGAUUACUACAACAACCUAAUAGAUGCUUUACUAGAAAAAGGAAUCCAGCCGUAUGCGACUUUAUAUCAUUGGGAUCUUCCACAGGUGCUUGAAGAUAAAUACGGAGGGCUUUUGAGCAGCCAAGUUAUAAAGGAUUUCGAAAACUACGCGUGUAUCUGUUUCAAAGCAUUUGGGAAUAGAGUGAAAAAUUGGAUAACUUUCAACGAGCCUCAUGGCAUUGCAAUCCAAGGUUAUGAUUUAGGAGUUCAAGCUCCCGGAAGAUGCUCGAUCCUCGGACAUUUAAUCUGCAAAAAUGGAAAUUCCUCAAUUGAACCAUAUAUAGUAGCUCAUAGCAUCCUAUUGUCGCACGCUGCUGCUUAUCACAAAUAUCAGAAAUAUUUCAAGGGAAGCCAAAAGGGAAGAGUUGGUAUAGCAUUAGAUGCGAAGUGGUACGAACCAUUCUCUAACAAGGACGAGGAUAUAGAUGCUGCAGGCAGAGCCUUGGAUUUCGCACUCGGAUGGUUUCUUGAUCCACUUCUACUUGGGAACUACCCUCUUACGAUGCGGAGGCUUGUAGGUGAUCGGCUCCCGGAAGUGAAAGCAGAGCAGUCAAAAUUCUUGAAGGGGUCCCUCGAUUUUAUAGGCAUAAAUCAUUACACGACAUUAUAUGCACGUAAUGAUAGAAUGAGAAUACGUAAGCUCGUACUUCGUGACGCGUCAUCUGAUUCUGCUGUAAUAACCACAUCUGUAAAACAUGGAAUUCCCAUUGGAGAAAGAUCCGCGUCUCGUUGGCUGCACAUUGUUCCGUGGGGCAUUCGAAAGUUGGCAAACUACAUCAAAGAUGAGUAUGGAAAUCCACCUGUAAUUAUAACAGAAAACGGAAUGGAUGACCCUAAUAGAUCUAACUUGGACUUGCGUGAGGCUUUGAAAGACGAAAAGAGAAUACGUUAUCACAGAGAUUAUCUCUCGAACUUGUCAGCUGCUAUAAGGGAAGACAAUUGUGAUAUUCGGGGCUACUUCAUUUGGUCGUUGCUCGACAACUGGGAAUGGAACAUGGGAUAUACUGUUCGGUUCGGACUUUAUUAUGUGGAUUUCAAGAAUAACCUCACCAGGAUACCUAAAUCCUCUGUCAACUGGUUCAAAAACAUGCUAACAUCAAAAGACGUGUGAAGAAGGCGGUAAAACUAAAACCUUAAUGUUAGUUAUAGAUCAUAACAUCUGUACGUGAUGUGUUGUACGAAAGAAAAACAUAAUAUAUAAGCGAUUCUUUAACUUUUCUUACAACCAGAGCUUUUAGCAAAUACAACUAAGGCCGAACUAUAAGCCGCAUUUCUCUCAAAGGCAGGGGCGGAUCCAGAACUAUUUUUUGGGGGGGACUGAAGCUGUUUUCCAAAUAAAUUGUUUGUGAACAUAAUCGAUUUGACAAUGAAAGUUUCACCUCAUCUUGUUGAUAUGUAAACGAUUCCUCAUCUUGUUAAUAUGUAAA